UGCUUUUGUUAAAGCGUUUGUUGUUUUUUUUUCUAAAAGUAGAAAUUAAAUUAUUUUGGGAAUUGUAAAAAUUACGUUUUUUGCGGAGUUUUGUGACCAAAAGAUUCAAAAUUUGGAGAAAGUGGCAGGGAUAUGUUGGCUACACUGAUCUGCACAGUCAUAUGGUUUGAAUUUGGGCUGAUAGCGUCAAAUGAAGUAGAAGAAGAAGAAAACCGCGCAUAUUUUUGUUUUUUCUCAGUUGGCUCUGUAAACAACGAAUUUCCCGGUGUGGAAUAGUUUAUUUUCCUAUUCCCAAUUCAAAGCAUCGACAUUUUAAAAGAUAUGCCUUUUGCGUCGUUUUCCAGAGUACGUGAAGUAAGCAGUGAGGAUAGUCAAUUUCCUGGUGAAAAUAUACUUAAGGGCAAGAAAUGGAAAACUCAAAAUGUUGGCGAAAAAUCAGCCUAUAUCAUACUGGAGAUGGAUGAGGCAAAAAUAACUGGUAUCGAUAUUGGUAAUGAGCAUUCGGCGUUUGUGGAAGUUUUGGUAGCAAAAAACCCGUCUGAUUUUAAGGAAAUACUUAUUACGUGCUCUUUUAUGACACCCAUUGAAAGUAGAAAUUCAACCAACCUAAAUCGUGUGCGGUGCUUUAGUGGGGAAGCCUUAGUAGCUACAGUUGCUGAAAAGAAGUGGACCAUGGUUAAGAUAAUUUGCACCCAACCAUUUAACAAGCACGUUCAAUAUGGACUUUCUUUCAUAAAAGUACAUGUGGCACCUUCCCAGGAAACAAAAGCAUCGAAUGCCACAUCUGUUAAAGGGGAAAAUUCAGGCUCCCAGGAGCUAACAAGUACUUUGCAUAUUGGAAAAUUUAAACUCCGUGAAGAUUCGCCUGACUCGGAAAAUGAUGGAAGUUCCAGCCUUUUCAGUCGAUGGAAAAAUAGAAACGAUGUCCAUGAAACGACUACAUCUGCUGCUAUAAGAAAUGCAAGCAAUCAUAAAGCUAUGGAAGUGCGUGAUGUUAUAGAUAUGUCGAAAACUAAACAAUCACAAUCUCCAAGAUUGGAUGGGGAAGAAACAAAGGUACGCGAUAGGAAUAGAAAUGAUUUGCUUUUCGGUGAAGAAGAUGAAGUGCCAAAAUCGAAAAAGGAAAUUCGAUUGGCAGAAGAAAUUGAAGCUGAUAAAGAAAGAGUGCGACGUGAACUGCUCAAACAAAAACAAGUCAAACGAAAAUCUAUUGAUAUUCCCACUCAAAUAAAUUGUAACAAUGUGCUUUCCCCCAAGAAUCCCUCAAAGUUAAUGGAGAGUACCCCGCCUGCUACAUCAAGCUCAAAAUUUGAGAAAGAGCAGUCUAAACGAAAAUCUAUAGAUAUUGCUCCUAAGAAUUUCUCCACGACAAGAGAUCACCCUUCGCCAGGUACUUCAAGCUCUAAAGAUGAAAACAAAGCCAAGUAUGAACGGUCACAAAAACGACCUAGUUCUCCUUAUUCCAAGCCCUCAAAGAAAAUCAAAAACUCGGAGACCCAGUUUAGGCCAUUUAACCAACUUCUUAGUGGCGUAGUCCUAGUUAUCAGUGGUAUUCAAAAUCCUGAUCGCGCAGAUUUAAGAAGCAAAGCUUUAGCCCUUGGAGCUACGUAUAAAUCGGACUGGGACAAGUCUUGCACACACUUAAUUUGUGCUUUCAAGAAUACCCCUAAAUACAAUCAAGUGAAAGGCAAGGGAAAAAUUGUAUCACGUUCGUGGAUAGAAAAAUGUUUCAAAUUAAAGAAAUAUUUGCCAUGGAGAAGAUAUGCUUUAGACAGUGAUGAAUUAAAAAAACCCGAAAGCGACGAAGAAAUACUUGAUGAGAAAUUGAAGCCUCAAACUGAAGAGAAUGAUAGGAGGGAAUCUGAAGAUCGCAAUGAAACGCUGGCAUUAUAUGAUAUACAUGAUGAGCAAGAUACAACAACUACGAGGAAGAGACUAUGCGUAUCGUCAUCUGACAGCGAUACAGACGAUGAAAUAAAACGCGUGGAAAAAGUUAACACAAAACAUUUGCAACAAAAUCGCAAUAAUUCCAACGGUGAGUGUAUUAAGGACAAGGCGGAUAUAUAUGAUGCAUCUACCGACGAAGAAGAGUACAUAAAAAUUAAACGGCAACAGGAAACGUGAUUCGACAUAAAAAUAAGACGCCAUAUCUUUAUCAUAUUGUUUGCACAGCACACAAACAUUGUUAAAGCUAUUUAUGAAUAAAAUAU